AUGGAAUCAUCAUUGUUUUCCGUGUCUCCAAUAGCAACCCCGUUCGUCCUCCUCCCAAUCGAAGAUCGAACCCCAACACUCACAAAAACAACAAACCAGCUUUCAGUUUCCGUCGAGGAGGCUGCCCAGCCAAAUAACAUCGAACAUCUUAUCGGUCUUUAUAAAAAAUUAAUCAGAACAGAUAACCUUUAUGUGGGGUUUGGUGGGCUUCAACAUUUUCUUAAGAGGUCAUCUAUUUGUGACGGCAACGGCACUAGGAACAAUUUUCAUAAUAAUAAUUUGUAUAUUAAUCACGAUAACUCUGUACACCCAGAAAACCUGGGAGUGGCCGCUAAUAGUUGUAUGCGAAUACAACCUACUUCGGAUCGUGACGCUAAAGGAAAAAUAAUCGGUACUAUUUCUGCUAGCGUUGUACACCCUGAGGAAGGCAGAGGAAGGGCCCGAGACUUCAACGUAGAUUUGGAGGGUCGGUGGAACCCGACGGUGUCAUCUACAGUUAUUGACUUAUUUCAAGUUGAUAUGGAUUCUUCUUGCCCUACGUCGAAUUUUGACUCUUUACCGGACGAAUUAAUUUUAUUGAUUUUUUCCUACCUUGACGUCAAGGAGCUUUCGAAUAUCGCUGUCAUCUGCAAAAAAUGGAAUUAUCUGUCGUCCACGGAUAGUUUAUGGAGGCCUUUGUUAAACGCUGAUGUAAAACAAUGGAAAGUUAUCACGCACCUCUCAUAUCCAAACCUCUAUCAAGAAACUGAUUCUGAGUGGACGCAAAAGGACAUCUAUCGCCAAUGCUGUCCAGAAUUGAGAAAAUGGAAAAUAGAACCGACUUUCAAUUUUUGGAAGCUCACAUUUUUCUGGAAUUUUUUCCAAAAGAGACUUCCAAAGAUUGGAAUAUUUGGCCCUGGAUUAGAAUCAAGAACCAAGAAAAUAAUGCAGCGUAUUCUUUGCGACCCAAAUGAAGGUUUUAAAACAACAGGCAUCAUUCCAGGAAGCUUUUCAGGUGUUGGUUCUUUUUUUACAAUGAGUGUUCAUGACAAAGCCUUCAAUCUGACUGUGAUGUAUUCUGGUACAAAGAAAGAGCGUGAAAAUACAGCCAACCAAGGUAUUCAUAGGUUAAGCCGGUUUGAGCAGAUGCAGCAGUUAAAAGAAUUGUGCCGUACAUUGGAUGGAUUCGUCUUUGUGGUUGAUGCUUCUGAUCCUGGAUCCAUGAGUUGGGCUGAGAAGGAAUUACUAAAUGUGACCAAUGAAAGGUGGUCAGCAACACAUACACCUGUCCUUGUUCUUUCCUGUGUUCCUGGAAUGGUCAAUGGGCAGUGUCCUUUGCCAACUCUCUCAUGCAUUGAUAUAGUAAAGUCUCUGAAAUUGUCAAGUCUAACAAAACCAUGGCAGGUGAGACAGUGUUUUGUCCAUGAGUUAUCAGGUGCCUAUGAGGGCAUGAAAUGGGUCCUUGGACUUUGUGAACUCUAG